AUGGAUGAAUUCGCAGGCAUUAUGCUAAGUGAUGAAAGUCAGACACAAGAGACUACAAACUAUGAGGAAACAAACUCAGAAAAGUUCACUGUCCACGUCACCCUGAGGGCUGGCACCUUACCUGGCUCACAGGCUCCAUUAGUAUUAGCCGGACAGCCGAAACGGAAGUCACUUUCAGACCUGGCAUCCCCUGCAGCCCUUUGCCAGGCCUUCACCCCCUCCUCCAGGGUGGCAGGCGCUCUGAGGAGAAGCAGGCCGUGUCCCAGUGCCGCCACUGCCGGGCCUUCUGAACGGCCCCCGAAGCCCCUUCCGGUCACCCCCGGCCCUGGCGCUUGGCCGGACCACGCCGGGGGCCCAGCGCCCUUCGACGCCCUCAUAGGCCCGCCCCAGCACUGGCCGCCGGGCGCCGUGGACUUCCUCAGCCGGCUGCAGGGCAAGGAGGUGCACGGACGGGUCCUGGAUGUGCUGCGCCUCCACCGCCUGGUGCUCCUGGACGCGCCCGGCCUGUGCCAGCAGAUGCAGGAGCUGGGCCUGGCCCGCCAGGUGCCCGAUAGCCUCUUCCACCUGCUGCUCAAGCGCUACCUCAAGGCGGCCACUGCUGGCGUGGGCCCCGGGGUCCCGGCCCUCCCGCGGGGCCUGCCCAGGCUGGGACAGCCGGGCCUGGAUUACUUCUACCCCCAGCUGCAGGUGGGCGUGACGGAGCCCGUCGUAGUAACCCAAGUGUGCCACCCCCACCGCAUCCACUGCCAGCUCCAGAGCCUCUCGCAGGAGAUCCACCGCCUCUCCGAGAGCAUGGCCCACAUAUACCGAGCCUCCAGGGGAACAGGGGAUGAGAACUCCACCAGUGCCGCCUGGGAGGAGGGGGAGGAGAGCCCAAACAAGCCGGGCUCCCCGUGUGCAUCCUAUGGGUUGGAUGGACAUUGGUACAGGGCGCUCUUGCUUGAGACUUUUCGGCCCCAGCGCUGUGCCCAGGUGCUUCAUGUAGACUAUGGAAGGAAGGAGUUAGUGAGUUGUAGUAGCCUUCGCUACCUGCUGCCUGAAUAUUUUCGAAUGCCUGUGGUGACCUAUCCUUGUGCUUUGUAUGGACUCUGGGACGGUGGGAGAGGCUGGUCUCGGUCACAGGUCGGCGACCUGAAGGCACUGAUACUGGGCCAGGCAGUGAAUGCAAAGAUUGAGUUUUACUGCUCCUUUGAGCGUGUGUAUUAUGUCACCCUGUAUGGAGAAGAUGGGAUUAAUCUUAACCAUGUAUUUGGAGCACAGUCCUGUUGUUUGGCUGACCGAUUUCUUCUGAGCCAGGGAAUAGAGGAGGAGGAGGAGGAAGAACUGGAAACAUCUCUUCAGUCUCCAUCUCCUGCUGAAGAAGUGGAUGAAGCGAUUUCACUCUCAGCCUUAAGAUCUGUCAGGUUAAAGAUGAAUGCCUUCUAUGAUGCCCAGGUGGAGUUUAUUAAAAAUCCUUCUGAGUUUUGGAUUAGGUUGAGGAAACACAAUGGCACCUUCAGCAAGUUGAUGAGGAAAAUGUGCAGUUUCUAUUCCUCGGCCAGUAAGCUGGAUGGUGUAGUUUUGAAACCUGAACCUGAUGACCUUUGCUGUGUCAAAUGGAAAGAAAAUGGCUAUUAUCGGGCUACAGUCACCAGGUUAGAUGAUAAGAGUGUGGAUGUAUUCUUAGUUGACCGUGGCAAUUCGGAAAAUGUGGACUGGGAUGACGUGAGGAAGCUGCUUCCUCAGUUUAGGCAGCUACCAAUAUUGGCUCUGAGGUGCACACUGGCUGAUAUUUGGCCUUUGGGAAAAAGUUGGAGUCAGGAGGCGAUUUCCUUUUUUGAAAAGACUGUGCUCCACAAAGAGUUAGUUAUCCAUGUCCUUGGUAAGCAAGAUAAGCAAUAUGUUAUUGAGAUUCUUGAUGAAUCGAGAACAGGGGAAGAAAACAUUAGUAAAGUAAUUGCUCAAGCUGGAUAUGCCAAAUAUCAGGAAUUUGAAACAAAGGAAAAUAUUCCCUUAAAUGCCUACUCUCCAGGGCAUGUUUCAAACCAUUUUACUUCCGAGAAUAACAAAAUAUCUUCUGCCAAGGGGGUAGAAGUAGAACAGAAAGCCAAGAGAGAUAAUAAAACUACAUCUGUUUCAGAAGCUUUGAGUGACAGAACAGUUGUUGCAAAUGUUUCAACGGGACUAGUUGUGCGGGAAAAAGAGGGAAGAGUAUCUGUUUAUGCUCCUCUUAUACAGAAUUUCUGGGAGAUUAAGCCAGGCUCCUCUUGUAAAGGAGAGCUACAGGUUGGAAGUACAGUAGAAGUCAAAGUGUCCUAUGUUGAAAAUCCUAGCUAUUUCUGGUGCCAGCUGACCAGGAACAUAAAAGGAUUUAAAACUCUGAUGUGUGAUAUUCAAGACUAUUGCAAGAAUACAGCUACUCCUUACCAGGGAACCACCCCCACUUGUUUGGCAAAACGAACAGUAGAUGGACAAUGGUCCAGAGCUCUAAUUAGCGGAGCACAAUCUUCAGAGCAUGUCAAAGUCAUAUUUGUAGAUUAUGGAGAUAGAUGUAUGGUAUCUGUGAAGAAUAUUUAUGCAAUUAGUGAAGAGUUUCUCAAGGUUAAGGCUCAGGCUUUUAGGUGCAGUCUUUAUAAUUUAAUUCAACCAACUGGUCAAAAUCCUUUUGUUUGGGAGGAAAAGGCAAUACAAGCUUUUAGUGAAUUUUUAGAUAAUGCAUGUGAAAACAAUCUAGAAUUAAAAUGCACAAUAUUUGCUUUGGCUUCAAUACAUGAUGAAGAACUGUUUACUGUUGUGGAUUUGCUAACACCCUUUCAGAGCGCAUGCCAUUUUUUGGUAGGAAAGAAACUUGCAAGACCAGUAAAGCCUCUGGAGUCCUCUGUUCAGCUACGUUCUUACUACUAUUCUACACAUGGUAUGAAAAUUGGAAGUGAAGAAUCAGUGUAUAUAACACAUGUUGAUGACCCUGGGACAUUUUAUUGCCAGCUGGGAAAAAAUGCAAAUAUGUUAGAACAGUUGUCAUGUAACAUUACACAAUUAAGUAAAAAUUUGCUGAAUUUAAAAACGUCUCCCUUAAUCCCUGGAACCUUGUGUCUUGCCAAGUUUACUGAUGGAAACUGGUAUAGGGGGAUAAUAAUAGAAAAAGAACCAAAUAAAGUCUUCUUUGUUGAUUUUGGGAACAUUCAUGUGAUAACAAAUGAUGAUCUGCUUCCAUUACCUAGUCAUGCAUAUGAUGUCUUACUUUUCCCCAUGCAAGCUGUUAAAUGUUCAUUGUCUGACAUUCCUGAUCACAUACCAAAAGAAGUUACAACAUGGUUUCAGGAGACUAUUUUAGAUAAGUCACUGAAGGCUUUGGUUGUAGCAAAAGAUCCAGAUGGAAGACUGAUUGUAGAACUAUAUGAUGACAAUUUUCAAAUUAAUGCUAAUAUUAAUGAGAAGUUAGGGCUACUUGGUUACAAAGGUAGGACAAGAACAAAAAAAGAAAGCAAAGCACUUCUGUCUACAACUGAAACUCUUCAAGUAAAAAAGGAAAAUAUGAAGUUGUCACCUACGGAGUAUUUAAGUAAAUCAGUAGAGAACAAAUUAUCCAGUAUGGAGAUUUUGGGAGAAUCAUACAAACCUAAGAUCAGCUCAGCAUGUAAGGAACCCAAACUUUUACAAAGUUCAACAAAAACAAACUUAGUCACCCACUGUCAGUGCUCUGUGGGAAAUAAAAAUAAUCCAGUGUCUCCAUUAACAACAGAACAGAAAGAAGAAAGUUUUGCUGAGCCACCUUUGAAAGCCACAGAACUAGAAGUCACUCUUGCAGAGAGAAAAAUAGACGAUUCAUCUAACAAAGAUUUGCCUCUAAAAUUUUCUGAGUUCCCUCGGAAGAUGAUAAUGUCUGGCUUUAAAACAGCUGUCUAUAUUUCUCAUAUAAAUGACCUUUCAGACUUUUAUGUUCAACUAACAGAAGAUGAAGCUGAAAUUAAUUGUCUUUCAGAGAGAUUAAACAAUUUUAGAACAAGGCCUGAAUAUUAUGCAGGUCCACCUUUGCAAGGAGGAGAUGUAAUAUGUGCCAUUUUCCCAGAAGACAAUUUAUGGUAUCGUGCUGUGGUCAAGGAACAACAACCCAAUGACCUUCUUUCUGUACAGUUUAUUGAUUAUGGCAAUGUUUCUGUGGUUCAUACUAACAAGAUAGGUAAGCUUGACCUUAUUAAUGCACAAUUACCAGGAUUAUGCAUUCACUGCUCCUUAAGCGGACCUUGGGUUCCUGAGAUUUUAAACUGCAAAGAAAUGAUGCAUUUCUUUUCCCAAAGGACAGAUGAGGCUCAAAUAAGAUGUGAAUUUGUUAAAUUUCGAGACAGAUGGGAAGUUAUUCUUGCUGAUGAACAUGGGAUCAUAGCAGAAGACAUGAUUAGCAAAUAUGCUUUCAGUAAAAAAUCACAAAUAGGACUUGCUACCCAAAUUACUAAAGAUGAGUGUUCAAAGUCUGUCAAGAAAACAGACAUAGACACUUCGGUAUUUCUUAACUGGUAUAAUCCAAAGAUGAAGAUGAUAAGAGCUUAUGCCACUGUAAUAGAUGGACCUGAAUAUUUUUGGUGUCAGUUUGCUGAUACUCAGAAACUUCAGUAUUUAGAAGUAGAAAUGCAAACUGCUGGAGAAAAGGUAACAGAUUGCAGGAGUUGUAUCCCAUGUCCCCAUAUUGGAGAUCCUUGCAUAGUGAGAUACAGAGAAGAUGGGCAUUAUUAUAGGGCGGUUAUCACCAAUAUUUGUGAAGAUUAUCUUGUAUCCGUCAGGCUUGUGGACUUUGGAAAUAUUGAAGACCGUGUGGACCCAAAAGCACUCUGGAACAUUCCUUCUGAACUUUUGGUGGUUCCCAUGCAAGCCUUUCCGUGUUGCCUUUCAGGAUUUGAUGUUUCAGAAGGUUUGUGCCCUCAAGAGGGAAAUGACUAUUUUUAUGAAAUAGUAACAGCAGAUGUGUUGGAGAUAACAAUAUUAGAAAUCAAAAAGGAUGUUUGUGAUAUCCCUUUAGCAGUUGUUGACUUGAAAAGCAAAGGCGAAAGUGUUAAUGAGAAAAUGAAGAAAUAUUCUAAGAUUGGUAAUAGUAACAGUGAUCUGCCUUAUGAAAAAACUGGGCCAGAGAUAAAGGGAGCUCUUGGGUCCCCCAGUCUUGAUGUAAGUCUUAAGAAACCAAGGAGUAAAGCUGGACAAGAGAAAACACUGUAUGUGGAAUCACAGGCAGAUGAGCUCUCGGAAAGAAUUGAAAAAGACUUAAACAUUAUUGAAACCAAACCAAGUAAAUUCUAUGCCCCUGAAACUGAUGACAUUUUUGAAGCUUUUGAAAACCCAUGCAAAGAUAAAAUUGGCACUGAGGUACUGAAAGGUAAAGUAGAGUGCUGUUUUGUUGACAAAGCAAAAUUUGAUGAUAAAUACCUGGUUACAGGGUUUAGCCCACUGUUACCACAUGCCAGUGAAACAAAGGAGAUACUAGAACUGAAUUCACUUGAGGUACCACUUUCUCCUGAUGAUGAAUCAAAAGAAUUCUUGGAACUAGAAUCCAUUGAGCUACAGCGUUCUUUUGACGGGGAUGAAGAGAAAGAGGAGCGAGGCCUGGUGCCUCCCACUGUGCCCCUCCCACCAGGCUGUGACACAGAAGCCACCCCGCAGCCAUUUACAGCGCAGCUUCCCCUCGACUGUGAAGCCGAGAAACAGCCAGCGCUAGAAUUACCUACAGCCCAGCUCUGUCUAGAUGACAAAAUAAACCCAUCAUCUUUAAGACUUGGUCAGAAAGCCCAAGAAUCCACAUGUGCUGAGGACACAGGCAAGUCAAGUUGUGUGGAACGUUUUGAGGACCAGCAUAGGCUACCAUCACAUCCACAUGGAAAGGAUUGUGAUCCCAAGAUGCAGACUGAAAUGAACAUAUAUAAAGAAGAAUUUACAGAAUAUACAAGCAGAGAUGCCGUUUCAUCAUUGACUUCUUUGUGCCCUGGAGAAGAAUCCAGAGAUGGAGGGAAACACAGUAAUGCUUUACCAGAUCAUGUCCCAGCUCAACCAGAGAACACCUACACUCUGAAAGGAUUUACUGUUGGAUCCAAAUGUGUUGUGUGGUCAAGUCUAAGAAACACAUGGUCUAAAUGUGAGAUUUUGGAAAUAGCUGAAGAAGGCACAAGGGUGUUGCACCUUUCAAAUGGUAUGGAGGAGUUAGUGAACCCUGAGAAUGUCUGGAAUGGCAUACCCAAAUCGGAUAAGAGUCCAUCUGAGGCUAUAUUCCAAACAGUGAGAAAAGAAGAUCUUUACUUCGUGUCAUCGGAUGAUACCGCAAUUAAAGAAAAGGGGUCUGGAGGUGAUCCUGAUUUAACUGUGGAUCCAUAGAUAUGGCCACUCAGAAGCUGCUCUUAAACAAGUGGCAUCCUACCCAGACCAACAGAACAUUUGAGCAAAUUGAGAGCGUGUAAUCACAAGAAGUUGUCAUUGUCAAAAACGGAUACGUGUUGAAAACAAAAUAGACGGCUGGUUGACUGUGUGGUGUAUUUAUAAUGGUAUUCCUGUAUAUACAGAUCUGGGAUCUUCUCCCUUAGAAUGUGUUGUUUCCAAUCAAUUGGGAGGAUUUAUUUUGCUAAACAUUUUCUAACACAUUACUCACAUUUCAAAAAACUAUUUUGGUUUCUUUUGAAUGUAGUGUUUAAAUUAAAAUAGGAAAUUAUAGGUUUAUGACAAGUACAUUAUAUGAUGCUACUUAGGAGGAUGGCUUUGUUAGCAGUAACUCUUUCAGAAUUUUUCUUGUUUCUGAAGCUUUGCCUUGUCUGUAUAGUUAAACAUUUAACUAAU